GCCAGUGUCGUUUGUAGAUAAGAUACAUUCACAAAGACAAAAUCACUCACUCGCUCAAGAGCUCCUCCAUGGCUGCUGCUACUUCCUUCACUUGCUCACUUCCUUUUACUCCACUAUCCAAAUCCCUUAAACCCAUUCGUUCCCCAAUUCUACGCUCAGACUAUGGAACCAGCAGAAGCUUUGUUAUAAGAUCCAUGACGGUUCAAGAAGAUGACAAGAGAACAAGCGAUGAAUCAAUGAGUAUUGACAAUUUACGAGGAUUCGUCGAUCUUAAUGUCGGAAAAUGGACUGGCUCCUUUCAUCAAUUUGAUGGUAAUGGGAAUUUGUUACAUAAGAUUGAUACACGUCUUUCAGCUAGUUCUUAUGGAGAAGAUGAGCUCCUUAGUCUUAAUCAAUCGUAUGUUUCUGAGAAUCUGUGUUUCUGCUUCAAUGGGAAUAACUGUUUUUGGAACAUGGAUUGUGUGUAAUUUAGGAUUCAAUUAUCUUUAGGAAUCAGUUGAUGGAGAAUUUGGCAAUAGGAAGUAUAUAAAGUCUUGAACUUUAUAUGAUUAUUCUAUGAAUUUGGAGCAAAUUUGAAGUUUAUCUUGUUUACUAUUUGGAACAAAUGGAUAUCAUUUAGCAUACCUGAAGAUUUUUCUUGUACACUAUAUGUUGAUUUUGUGUGAAGCAAUGGUUUUUGCUCUGUACAACUAGUUUACUAAUCUGUAUUGUGUUUGUACUAUAGAAAAGUUUGUGAAUUUUCAAUGAUGUGUAAGAAAUUGUGUGUCCUCACGAAGUUUAUUCAUAUAUUUAUUGAUGCUCAUUGGUAUUGUUGUUUCCUAUAUAAUGUAUCCAGAAGCAAUGGUUUUUGCUCUGCAUUACCAGUCUUUGUGUUUGUAUUGUUUAGGUUAUAUAUAAAGCAGCCUACAUCAGCUACUUCAGUUUCCGAAGAGGAGGAAGAGGAACCGGAAUGGGUAGAGUACAAAAUUAAAGAAACCAAUAUGUUCACUGUGGACAAGUAUCAGCAGAUUGGAUUUUUCCCAAAGGAGAGAGCGUUUUCGCUGAGGUACCAAACCGCUGGAAUGUUGGAUACGACGUUAAGGCAGGGCGUGCUCGGGGAGGAUGACACGGGAGAAGAAUCACCAAGAAAUCUUAAACUUCCAUCUCGGCGUCCGUCUUUAGUAUGUGAGAACUGUUUGUAUUCUAAGGAGAUAGAUAGAAGGGCUAGAGCCUUUCACAUCAUGGAUCCUAAAGGUGUUCUUGAAAUGCUUAUUGUUUUCCUCGAGGAAAGAGGGUUAGAGAAUCUCGCUCAUCCAGUCCUCGAUAACGCUCAGAACGAUGCAGAAAGGAUAAACCCAUUUCUCGGUACUUGGAAAGGUCGUUCGGUAACAAAACGAAGCGGUGUCUAUGGAGCAACACUAUCAGAAGCCGAUACUGUUGCUGUUCUUGAAAUGAAUGACAAAGGUCAAGUAGUCCAGGAUAUUUCGUCGACAUCGGAUGAGAAAAAAGUAACAACAAAUGUGCACUGGGAAGGGAAAAUGUCGAAAGACUUGGUUACAUUCGCGGAAGGAUACCAAAUGACUCUGUUACCCGGAGGUAUGUACAUGGGAUGUCCUUGCGACGUAUCAAAGUGUGUUGCUGAUUUAAAGUCUUUCCACUUAGAAUUCUGCUGGCUUGAAUCGCCGAGCUCAAGACAAAGACUCAUCCGCACAUAUGACCAUGAAGGUUUAGCUGUCUCAUCAACUUAUUUUACUGAGACAAAAAUGUGAGCUUCUUCUCAUUUAUGUUCUUGUAAAAUGUUCAUACCUUUGUAAUGUUGCAAAUCUACUUUUGCUCUCACAUUAUUUGACUUGAAAUUUAGUUAAGAUACAAUUCAUGAAUCAUCGACUAUGUAAUGUUUUGCUGAUUAAUUACAUUUCACUAAAGUUAACUAAUGAACACAGAUCACCAAUUAUAUG